CGACUAUCGAUAGCUGAGUGCACACACUUCUACCAUCUCUAGCUAGCCGCACGUGUUUACGUUGUGUGGGAAUUAUUUCUUGGUUUUAGCUGCUAAAAAGGUGGAUUUUUAACACAAACAGACAUGCCGCGCUCCAAACGUGAUAAGAAAGUUUCCCUGACCAAAACCGACCGCAAGGGUCUGGCCUGGAAACAGCGAAUUGUGGACGACAUUCGCUUUUGUGUGGGCAAAUACCCCAAUAUAUUCGUUUUCCAAGUGCAGAACAUGAGGAACAGCCUGCUCAAGGACCUGCGGCAGGAGUGGAAAAAGAAUUCCCGCUUUAUCUUUGGCAAGAACCGCGUGAUGCAGAUCGGCUUGGGCCGCACCAAAAGCGAGGAAGUGGAGUCGGAUUUGCACAAGCUCUCCAAGCGUCUGACCGGCCAGGUGGGUCUGCUCUUCACGGACAAAAGCAAGGAGGAAGUGCUCGAGUGGGCCGAGAACUACUGGGCCGUGGAGUACGCCCGCAGUGGCUUUGUGGCCACCGAGACGGUCACCCUGCCUGCUGGUCCCCUGGAGGAAUUCGCCCACUCCAUGGAGCCGCAUCUGCGAUCCCUGGGCCUGCCCACCAAACUGGAAAAGGGAAUCGUGACCCUCUACAGCGACUACACGGUCUGCGAGGAGGGCAAAGUACUGACGCCCGAACAGGCGAGAAUCCUCAAGCUGGUGGGCAAGCCCAUGGCCAAGUUCCGGCUGACGAUGAAGUGCUCGUGGACCAAGAGCGAUGGAUUCCAGCUGCACGUCGAGGACGAUGUGAACGACGAGGAGCAGGCCGAUAGCGCCAUGGAGGAGGACGCAGAGGCAGAGGCUAUGGAUGACAAGGAAGACGACGACGACGAUGACGAGGAGGAUGAUGAAUAAAUUAGUUUUAGGCGUAGAAUUAAUUUUUUUAUGUAUAUAUCAAGUGCAGAAAAUAUAUAUACGUAUAUUUUUAAAGUA